AUGUCAGGAUCAUUCUGGCGAUACAAUUCGUAUGGUCCUGUCUCUACCAUCGACUCAUUACUAGAGAAGCCGGAUUGCACUCUAGAGGAGUUAUUAGAUGACCCGGAAAUCUUGCAGCAAUUAAUGGCUUCCAAUGCCAAGUUGAUAGAGUUUCUUUGCAACGAUACUGUUAUGGCACAGCUCAUCGAGUACCUUCUGGAAGAUCAAAGAAUACAAAAUGGGGGUUUUUCUAAAGAUGAACAGUCAUCCUCGGGUGAGAAAAGUAAUAUGGCUGAAGGAAAUUCGAAGGAUGUAAAAAAAGAUGACAAAACUGAUAUCAAUGAGAAGGAGGAAGAUGAAUCAGAACACAUUAUGAAUGUCACGAAUACGGAAGGGUUAGACUCAUGGCACCAGGAUAACAGUUUUGACUUUUGUGAAGAUGAGGAGGAACAAGAGGAAACACCUGAAGAGAUUCAUUCUCGUAGAACUCAAGUGUCUACCGAGAUACUAUCCAGUGAUGCUUGGUCUAUUGUUGAUGCACUAAUGGAGAAUACAGAUUUGUUGAAUUCUCUAUGGGGUGUUCUUGAUUUACAAACACCUUUACCUUCGACCACAGCUACUUAUUUUAUGAAGAUUAAUGAGCAAUUGCUAGACAUGAAAACUGACGAAAUUAUCACAUUCAUCUUGCAGCAACCAAAUUUUGUUGAACGAUUCAUGAAACAUAUUGACAAUACGCCUCUCAUGGACUUUUUACUAAAGGUGAUUUCGACAGAUAAACCUAACUGUUCCACAGGUAUUAUUGAUAUGUUAUACGAACAGAACUUAAUCUCAUCUCUUGUUGAGUUUCUUGGUCCAGAUGUUCAAUCAACUAAGCAAUCAGCUGCGGGUGACUUUUUGAAGGCAUUCAUCACCAUAUCUGCAAACUCAAAUACGGAUAGUUCUACUAUUGGCCCAAAUGAUCUAACCAGACAGCUUGUCUCCGAACCUGUAAUUGGGCGUUUAGUAGAGUUGAUGUUGCACGGUGGAACAGGCUUAGCAAAUGGUGUCGGCAUACUUAUCGAAAUUAUUAGGAAGAACAACUCGGAUUACGAUUUUGUCUCUGUUCUUUACACAACCAUAGAGACACAUCCACCUAAUCCCAGAGAUCCAAUAUAUUUGGGACAUCUGGUGAAAGUUUUCAGCAAAGCAAUUCCAACUUUCACGGAGAUGUUGAAAGGAAAAAGUGAGAAAGUUCUGGAAACCCCAUUUGGUACAAUUGAGCCUUUAGGCUUUGAAAGAUUCAAGAUUUGCGAGUUGAUAGCCGAACUGCUUCAUUGCUCGAACAUGGCCUUACUCAAUGAUAAGAAAGGAGCUAUAAUUGUUCAGGAAAGAGAUGAGGUUAGGGCUCAGCUUCGUACCAACUCACAACUUAAUGAUGAUCUACAGGAAGAAAGUAUAGAUCAAGGUAUUGACGAGAUCAAGAAUCUUACUCUUUCCGAGAAGAAUCAGUCGCAGAUGUCAUUAAGCGAUCAGAACGUGGACGGGUCAGAUACCGAAGAGCCGGAGCAGCGGGAGAACACUUUUGAUGAUAGUCAAUACGAAAAUGGCAAUGGGCAGAAAGAAAGUACUAAUAUGGAUGAAGAUGAAGUCACAGAAAUCACUGAUGCCUCAAAAAGAAAAGCCAACCUGAAAAAGGAGAAUGUUGUAGGCGAUGAAUUAAAGAUUGCAUUGUAUGAUAAUGAGGUGAUUAAAACCAUUCUCGAGAUGUUUUUCAAGUUUCCUUGGAACAACUUUCUUCACAAUGUGGUUUUUGAUAUUGUUCAACAAUUGCUCACUGGAUCAAUGACUGUUGGCUAUAAUGAGUUUUUGGUGAGAGACUUGUUUGACCGUAGUGCCAUUACGGAUUUAAUUCUAGCUGGUCAAAGAAAAUGCGAUGAAUAUGAAGAACAAAGCGGACUGCGACUGGGAUACAUGGGUCAUCUUACUUUGAUCGCUGAAGAGGUUGUCAAGUUUUGUCGGUCCUAUGAAUCUAAUCUUGAUGAAGUUAUCGAAAAAGCUGUUUCCACCGAGGAUUGGCUGAAUUAUGUCAAAUGCACUUUAGCGGACAUCAGAAAGAAGUAUAAUUCGAUUCUUGGUGGAGACAUGGAUAUUGAAGGCGAAGACACUCAAGAUUUUUCUGAGAAUUUUGUUAUGGAAGAAGGAGAACUUUCCAUGGACCACCAGUUCCAGAUUGAAAACGAACCUUCUGAGGAUCAGAAUGCAGAUCAAGAGUCCCUGAAACCAUCUAAUCCAGACAGUAGUUUAAUGUUUAACACCGGAUGGAUGAACGACAUGGAUGAUUAUGAAGACCCUAAUGAUGACGGACAGAGUUAUGCCAAACCUGACAAUCCACUUUAUGAGACAGGGAAUGUCGAAACUCAACAACUUGAAGAUGGUUUCCUUGAUGAGAAAGGCUUAGACUCGGAUGAAGAUAGCGGCAGCAGUGACGAAGGAGAAUCUUACGACGAUGAUGUGGACGUUUUAAAGUUGUAUCGUACAGAAAGCUUGCAUUAA